CUCCUUUUUGUUUCUUCGAAGAAUCAAGAAAGAAAGAAAAAGAAAAAAAAAAAAAAAGAACAACAACAAAAAAAGAAAAAAAAGCCGAAAGAAAUAGAAUAGUUUAUGUAUGACGUAUGACAGAGACAUUAUCUGAAAUAAUUUUGAUUUCGAGUGGACGAUAUCAUCGAAAAGAAAAAAAAUAAAGAAAAAAAAAAAAACAGAAGAAGUAGAAUCAAUAAGCAAUCAGUACAGAUUAUCUAUCUUUGUACGUGCUCGGUCUCGGUACUUUCUGGAAAAAGGAAUUUCUUUUUUUUUUUCUCUUUUUUUUUCAAAAACCCAAUCGCUCGUUUUAAUCGUAACCUCGUCACUAUCCAGUUAUCUAGAAAUGAGAAAAUGUGAGAUUUAUUUUGUGCCUGGCUCCUCUCACUCUCGCGGCGGCUUUUGAAUCACGACCAUUGUGAUAGAUCCAUACAUAACCUAACACAUAUCUGCUCUAACGCAUGUACCUCUCAUUCGCAUUUUUAUAGUUAACAGUGUCGCAUCGAGCUUUCUACGUAUUUAUCAUCAAAGCAAGAAAAGAUAUUGCGAGUACUGCAAAGAUGACUAUAGAACAACGAUCAUCUACAAAUCCAGAAAAACAUACCCCAAGUACUAUAACAAUAACUAUAUCCGUUAUAACCCAUCUUCUUUUAUUGGCACCCGUUAUAUACAUCAUUGUACUGUCAGCCGAAACUUACAAUCUCUUCUCGUGGCAUCCGAUGUUAACAACGAUUGGGAUCGGUCUGCUUACGUUGGAAGCAAUAUUUUGCGUAUCAGGAGAAGCUUAUGUGUCCUCGAGGAUUACAAGGAAGAAUCGAAUUUUAAUACAUUGGCUACUACAGAGCUUUGGAUUUGGUCUUAUGUUAGCUGGCGUUAUUAUUAUAAUCGUAAUGAAAGGUAAUCGUCCGCAUUUCAAAUCUGUACACGGAAAGCUUGGAUUAUCCGCAACGAUACUUUGCGCAUUGAUAUUAAUAAGUGGUAUUUUAGCCGACAAUACAAAAUGGUUUUAUCCACGUAUCAGACCAAUAACCAUUAAGAUUAUUCAUGCCGUAGGUGGUAUGUUAGUUACAAUUAUUUUACUUGCCGCUUUAAUUAAUGGCACUUAUACCCAUUGGUGGCCUGGUAGCAUAGUAGGUAGAGAUUUAACAUUUGCAUCGUUCGUUAUCGGUACAUUUUUCAUAAUGAUCAAACCGAUAUUAGGUGCCGCGUCAAGAAUCAAAUUCAUGUUUAGAAAAACAUCGUCGAACACGUGAUUUUCUUGUAUUUCGUAUUUUCUUUUUUUCUUUUUUUUUUUUUUUUUUUUUUUGUUAUUUUUUUUUAUCGUCUAGUACUUCCUGAAAUGUAUGUCCUUUUUUUGCUUUUAUCUAAUUCGAGAUCCACGCGGCUAAUGGAAAUAAUCUAAUCUUUUUUAUUUUUUAUUAUUAUUAUUACUAUUUUUUUUUUUCUUUUUUUUUAACAGAAAUUAUGAUCGAUUUCAUUAUCAUGGAUUAUAUAUAUAUAUAU